CCCCGCGCGGCCCGGACGCCUGUUAGUACCGUAACCUUCCGGCUCGGCUACGCUUUCCUCGCGAGAGAACAACGGAGCGGAGAAGGGAGAGGAGAGCGUGAGAGAGAUUUUUUUUUUUUUUUUCUUCCCACGCUACGAUCAUCUCAGCUCUCUUUUCGGAUUCUUUCUCGGCGUCCGUCUUUCGCCUCGCGGAAAGAGAGAAAGAGGCAUCGCUGAAACUUCGAGGUUCCUUCACUGGUGUCUGUCCUUCAAUUCUCAUGAGCUCGACAGUUUCAACAUCCCGGGGAAUACAUCCACCAAUGAAGCUUGGCUCACUGGAAUCACGACAUUCAUGGCCAUCGUCAGUCCCUUUUGGUCAACCUGAGCAAGACUUUCAUGAUGAUGAAACUGAACUAUUGUCGGUGUCUUGGAAUCAGGAUUAUGGAUGCUUUGCUGCUGGAACAAGUAAUGGUUUCCGGAUCUUUAACUGUGAUCCAUUCAAAGAAACCUUUAGGAGAGACUUGAAAGGUGGUGGCUUUGGAAUAGUUGAAAUGCUUUUUCGAUGCAAUAUCCUAGCUCUUGUUGGUGGUGGUGCCAAUCCACAGUACCCGCCAAAUAAAGUAAUGAUCUGGGAUGAUCAUCAGAGUCGGUGCAUUGGUGAAUUUGCAUUCAGAUCUGAUGUCCGUGCAGUGAAAUUAAGACAAGAUCUCAUAGUUGUAGUUCUUGAACACAAGAUAUAUGUGUACAAAUUCCUAGAUCUGAAGCUUCUCCAUCAGAUAGAGACUCUGGCUAAUCCCAGGGGGCUAUGCUGCCUUUCCCAUCAUUCUAACACCUCUGUGUUGGCCUGCCCUGGUCUGCACCGGGGACAGGUCCGGGUUGAACACUUUGGUUUGAAGGUGACAAAGUUCAUUAGUGCACAUGAUUCUCACAUUGCUUGUAUCACUCUAACGAUGGAUGGGCUUCUUCUGGCAACUGCAAGCACAAAGGGGACCUUGAUUAGAAUAUUCAACACAAUGGAUGGUACUCGCCUACAGGAGGUACGCAGAGGACUAGACCGAGCUGAUAUAUAUGGCAUCGCUCUCUCACCGAAUGUACAGUGGCUGGCAGUGUCCAGUGAUAAAGGAACUGUCCAUAUAUUUAGUCUUAGAGUCAGAGUGGCAGGAGAGGAUGCAUCUAACCAUCAUGCUGCUGCUCAAGGUCCAGGAAUGGUUCAUCAAAACUCUUCUACUUCUCUUGAUGCCCUUAUAUCUCCAAAUACUGGUACCAACGCCAGCUCAUCGUUGUCUUUUAUGAAAGGAGUGCUUCCAAAAUACUUUAGUUCUGAAUGGUCAUUUGCUCAGUUCCACUUACCAGAAGUCGGCCCCUAUAUUGUUGCAUUUGGGGCUCAAAACACUGUUAUAAUUGUUGGCAUGGAUGGCAGUUUCUACAGGUGCAGCUUCGACCCGGUCAGUGGUGGGGAGAUGUUGCAGAAGGAAUAUGUCCGGUUUUUGAAGGCCAACAAACGACGGCCAAGACCAGCCUCAUCCUGAGAUUGUGGAACAGUCACAUAUCCAAUUGCACUUCAUGUUAAUAGGAGAUUUUAUCUCAAUAUAUUUUCAUAUAUGCCCACUUCACUUUGUGAAUUCUAUAUCAGAAGCUAUAGUAGGAGAUGUUUAGGUAACAAUCAAAAUCCUAGUUCUCCUAUUCAUCAUAGAAAAACUUUUGGCUUAUCAAUACUGCUUUAUUUGUAUCUAAAGUGACUAAAAUUUACAAAGUUUAUUGCAUUUAAACUA